GCCUCCGCUGGCCUUCGAAAUGGACUCGACUGCUAAGCCUUGAUUUCUUCAAAUUGUCCACAGAAUUAUCGCAACUUUUUUCGUCACGUACGUGAAGAAAAGUGUGUUCGCGAUGACAUGUGGAGGUGAAUUGGCAGAGGAGGUCAGCCCCGUGAUUUCAGAACUGCUUUGUGUGUGGGCUGAUCGGCUUGCAGGUGUCACCUCCUGUGCAGUACAGUAAAACCACUCACUUGGUCACGCAGAUUGCAAUGAAACCAGCUCAUGAGCGCAACCAGGAGUGUCUGCCUCCCAAGAAGAGGGACCUCCCACACAGCAACAGCAGUGGAGCUGGAGGGACUGGAGGAGGCGGGGCUGCAGGUGGAAGCGGUGCCAGUGGAAGUGGAGGUGGAGGUGGAGGUAGUGCUGUUGGUGGUGUUGGAGAAGAGGAGGUGGUUUCCAUCCAGAACUCUGCAGCCAACAGUGAAACUCAGGGAGGGAACCCAUCUGGAGAGUGGCUGCGAGCUCAGUCAGGGCUUCAUUAUGGAGUGGAAAAUUCUGAUGGUAUACCAGCAGUGCCCGUUGACCAGUACAGUAUGCUCUACAAAGUGGCUCUUCCAUCUGCCUCCUACUCACCAACCAGUCUUCACCCGGUGUUGAGCCACAUCUCUCCAGCCUACACGGUUCAUUCUUCUCUCCUGCAGCAUCCAGGCCUUGCCUAUCCUCCUCUUGGUUACGCCCAGAUCCCUCAUUCCUCUCUACAGUUUGUUAGUUCCCCUUAUGCAGCCGUACCAUAUGCUCUAACCCAAGGUUUCGUCCCAGGAUCAUUGAUCUCUCCUUCAGGCACGAUCCCCCAGCCCCACUCUGUAUCCCAUCUGGUUCCUUAUCCAUCAGUUAUACAGGAAGGUGUCGUUUCUCCGCCUCCUCAGGCUCAGGUAGCUGCUCAUACCUUUGCCAAAGUUGCAGCAUCUAGUGGUGUGCCGAUGAUGCUGCCUCCAGAGCAGGCUGCCCCGCAGCACCUCGGCACUGUAGGAGUCCUACCCGCAGCCGAGCUCAGCUCUCGGGGGUUGCCGGUCUUCUACCACCCUCAGGGCGCCAGGGCGGCCAUUGCCACUCACGAUUUACACAAUGCUCGGCAGGAGAGUGAACCAGAGAUGAAUGGAAGGGAUAAAGAGCAGGGAGUGAGGGAAGUCUUUCCUGACUCGGUCUACGCUGCCAGAAAUGCUCGUCUACUGCAGGUAGUACAGGAACACAACCAAGACCGAGGCCUGCAGAACCGGAGGCUGGAGGAGAGGAACUCGCCCGGUCAGCGCAGCACUCCAGACAGCGACCUGGAGGUGCAGCAGGUGGUGAGUCGCAUGGCUUCCUCCAGCCAGGGUGGUAGUGGCGUGCGUAAGGAGGUCUCCUUUGCUCCGUUGAACCUCUCUCAGGGAGCCCAGCGAUGCAGAGAUGUCGACGCAGAGAGCGCAGCCAUGAGUUCCAGCCGCGCUGCGUACGCGGUGCAGCCAGCGAGUUACAUCGACCCCAGAGUGACCGCGCUGCAGCAGCAAACGGGGCAACAUGCAGUCGUGCUUGCCAAUGGGCAACCGGUGCUUAUUCCCCUGGAGUAUCACCCGCAGCAUCAGCCCCAAGCGCCGCAGCAACACUACGCAGAACUGGCUAACGAUGCCUCAGCCAGCCACGCCUCCACCACCAUGGCCUCCGUCAACCCAAGCUUUAAACCCUCUGACUCUUCAGCCAGACUGUGCCUCGCUGAAAGGCCGGAGCCGCCCGCCGCUCAUCAGCAGCUUUCCCAGCAUCCUCCUGUCCAGCCCACAGCAGAGGUGACUCAGGCCUUAGCGUCGAGCCUUACACCUGCGUCAACCUCCUGCAACUCAUCACAUUUCAUGAAGGGGGCCAUUAUUCAGCUGGCUACAGGGGAACUGAAGCGCGUGGAAGACCUGCAGACUCAGGACUUUGUGCGCAGCGCAGAGGUGAGCGGCGGGCUGAAGAUCGACUCCAGCAUGGUCGUGGAUAUCCGUGCCUGUCAGCAGAGACCAGGUCUGGUGUCGCUUCACUUUACCGUGGGCGAGCAGCAGAGCAAAGUGGCCAUCGACGUUCCCCCGGAACACCCCUUCUUUGUGUUCGGACAGGGCUGGUCAUCCUGCAGCCCCGAGCGCACGGCCCAGCUCUACGGAUUGUCCUGUCAUCACCUGCAAGUGGGAGAUGUGUGUGUGUCCAUCACCCUGCAGCAGCAGCAGCAGCAGCAGCAGCAGCAGCAGCCGCCGCAACAGCAGCAGCACAAUCACUCACAGCAGCAGCAGCAGCAGAAUCUGUCGAGGACUUUGAGCAAAACCAACGCUACAUCAGGACCUGGUCACCAGCUGAUGGGACCUCCUGCCCCUCAGCAGUCACGGCCUCAGUCUCACUUCAGGAUAGACCGCGUCCACAGAGAGAGACAGAGGGACGGGGAGAAAGACGUGGCCGACAGGGAGGAAGCCACACACUUAGGGGUAGUUAGCCACACUGAGUCGCCCGUCAGACCAAGCAGGACCUCAGCAGAGCAUCCUCGGAGCCAGAGCAGUUUCCACUUACACACAGAGGGCUCUGUGUUUGCUGGGGCAGGGAUGGGAGCAAUGCAUGCUGCUCUCGGUGCUUCUCAGAGGCGCUGGUCCUCACCUGGCCUCCAAAGAUUCAAUAUGAAGGGAGACGAAGGUCCGCGCCCUCAGAUAAGCACCUCCACCCACAUAGGGCCCUCCUUCAUCCCCCAGGAGGUCAAACUGUCCAUCGAGGGGCGCUCUAACGCAGGGAAGUAGCAUCACGUUUGGUAGCAACUAUAAAAGAGACUGCCAUAGGUAAGAAUGAGUCUGACGAGGAGAGAACGAGGAGAAUCAGAGUGUGAAUGUAGCCUCAGAAUGUUUGAGAUUUUGCACACCGAAAAAAUACAAGAUCGUUCUCAAACUACUGAGAAGUUCUGGUUCUGGUUUGGUUUUUUUUGUCUCGCAGCCAAAGGAUUGGAGCCAGUGCUGUUCACGCCAGCCGAGGUCUGACGGCGACACGAGAACGUCGAGUAGACGUAUGUAGCUGAUGAAAUGCCGACCAUAGUCCUCACACACUGCAUUUCUCUUCUUCCCUCCUUUGUUGCCACUUCCUCACAACCGAGCUUGGAGGUUACUAUCGUGUUCUUAACACUCUCGCUUCCUAUUUGAAGAAUAACAAAGGCAGCCAUCAUUGAUCUGCAUCUCUACGAUCUCAUUCCUCUGAAAAGCAUUUACCCAAAAAUAAAAAUAAAGAGCGAGUUGCCGACCUCAGUGUAACCUUUGUUACACUUUGCUUCUCCAGGAAUGAGAUUCAAACGUGACGCGCUCGUCUUACAAUCAGAAUAGUGAUAAAUCAAUCAAUCAAUCAAUCAAUAAUCCAGAGUUUCUUUCUCAACUGCAAUCACUUUCCACUCCAAACACAAGUUUUCAUUACAUGCUGUGAGUGUGUGAGUGUGUGUGAGUGUGUGAGUGUGUGAGUGUGUGUGUGUGUGUGUUCAUAAACACCACAGAUUGGAACUCUGAGGUUACACAAAUAUCAGCAUUCCAGUCUCAUGAUGAGUGAGAUUAUCGUGUCCAUCAUGUCCGUGAGCAGCAUGGUGACGUUGAACGCUCCUCUGAACACUGUCACUGAUGCAGGAAGCAGCGACGGCUGCUCUUCACAUAAGGAACCAGAAACACGUGGUCCUGGCUGCAGCCCACUUUAACCCAAACCCCUGGAGAAGUGAAACCAGUUAAGUCUCUUCAUUCUUAACUUCACUUUCUCCGGCUCAGUCACCAAAUUCAAGCAAUAGUUCUUUUAUGAGCUCACGUGUCGUCGUCGUCGUUGUUGUUGUUGUUGUUGUUGUUGUGAGAGCAGAUACACACACACACACACACACACACACACACGUGGGUAUUUUAAAUCUUUUCUCCCCGGUUGCUUUAUAUUUGCAUGGAUCGACUCGAGGCUGAACCGUGCUCGCGCUCUCUCUGUUGUAACAUACGCGGUCUUUAGCUUUUGUACCAGGAUUCUUCUGGUGGUUUCGGGACGAUCGUCUCCUGUUGCACAUGUCAAAUGUCACUUGUUGAUGUCACACUGACCUUGUUCAUAGGAAUUGCAGUACAUUAGGUGUUUGUUUUUAAUGAAGGGAACAUGUUUGAAGUGUUGUUGCUCUGUUUACAAAGGAUCUGAGGUGAAUGCUGCAGUUCUGUCUUAUCCUCAUCACUCAAGAAACCUUAAGAGAUGAAACUGAAGAUAAGUGCAAUUAGACCACACAAGAAAUCAUCCCGAGGUUUACAAUCAUGUCCCUCACAUUCCCGUCACAAAGACUCCUGUGUUUGUGUCUCACUGACGAACACUGUCGCGCACGUCACCUCCACCUUUAACCCCUCGUUCACGCUCUGUUAUUACGAGCAGCUUUAAAACACAGUCCACAUUUUUUCCAGCUCAGUUUGCUCAGAGUAAAGAUUUCUUCCUGAAGAGGUGGAAGAGUUAAAUCACUCGAUGCAGGCCUGGGUAAUACAUUGAUUUAAUCAAUUAGUUUUAAUUGGUGGUUUAGGAAGAUUUAGGAAGUUUUGAAUGAAAAACAGUUUCUCUAACUUCCACCACUGUUUAAAAAACAGUAACAUUUAAUAACAGCAGGCAGGUUUGUGUUGGGCUGCAACAAUGAUUCUAUCCAUGGAGAAAAUAAUGGUCAGCUGCAGCUCUAGGUUUGUGUUUGGUUGCACUUUAACCCCAAAAUGUUAAAGUUUUAUAGUUGGAGAAAAGAUUUAAACUUGUUUAGAAUCAUUUAUUUGUCACAUGUUAAAUGUUUAUAAGAAGGAACAGAAAUGAGCUAAAGUCGUCAUUUAAAAACAAAGACGAUGUUAAAGCCGUAGUUUAUCGUACGUUUAAACUGACGUAAAAAUGUGGACGUGUUCUUUUAAAAGCUGUUCAUUCAAAGACAAUAAUUCAAACUCACCGUUUAUUUAACAUUCUGUCGCAACAUCAUCCUCAUUCAUUCAUCUGAGAAGUCGUGGCUUUUUCUAUGCAGAUAACGGACAGACGCAGAGACACAGGUGGACGGACACUGAGACACAGGUGGACGGACACUGAGACACAGGUGGACGGACACUGAGACACAGGUGGACAGACACAGGUCUGUCUGCUUUAUAGUUCAGCUCUUCAUUAACGAGCUUUCCUUGGAAAACAAGCCAGUCAGUGGUUUUGUGUGUUUGUCGUUGAUCAUCAGUGAACGUCUGAUGACUUGAGUCAAAGAGUCGUCUCAGAUUUUCCUGUGUCACAGCGUAUUAUUACUGUUAUUAUUAUCAUUAUCAUCAUUAUUAUCAUUAGGUCAAGAUGCAUUUUAAUGGUGCAGCAGUGCCUCGUCCUCCUCCUGUGACGUUACCUCACGUUACUGCUCACAGACCAUAAUACCAUCCUGUGCAACCGUGAGCCUUUUUAGAAGAGCUCGACUUCUUCUGUCGUCUGAUGUUGCAGAGAAAUAAUUGCACUAAAUCCGCUCCUUUACAGUGUUUUUAAAAAUGAAAACUGUUUGCAAAAAUUGAAGCGUUUCAAAAAUGUAAAAGCACACGAAAUCACAGCUUUUGUGUUUGUGUAGAUAGAUUUAGUUAGUUUUGAUGAUGCUUGUCAAUAAUGCCUUAAACGUCUGCGGUGUUUAACGUGUGAAAGUUCACACAGGAAAUCUACAACCUUUGCUUUUAAUUUUACAUCAUUUUAACUUUUCAUUUCCACUUUUUUAAAGUGUGUGAAAGUGAAGUCAGCGGAAGCUCUCGUGUCAUUUUUACAAGACGAUGUAAAAAGCAUCAGCAGUGGAGAGCGGUCCAUUAAAUACACACACACACACACACACACUGCUGCACAGGCUGUGUCGUCUGUUUAGUGGCCGGUGUUUGGUGUCGUGUGUCGUCCCGUCGUCGUCGCCGGACACAGACACAGACACAGACACAGUCUGCGAAGGAAUUUAAAAUCAGGAGAAAUCAAACGGUUAAAAAGUUUUAAAGUCUGUGUUUUCACAUUUUGGACAUUGUACUUGUUUCAGCACAAGGUGACACUGCUUUUUAUGUGACGUGUAACUAUUGUAAAAAAAAAAAACCCCACAAAAACAGCAUUUUUUUUUUUUAAUGCCUAAAUCUGCAAAAUAUAUGCAAUGAUGUUUAUGUAACAUUCAAUCCUCAAGUAUAAUCCAGGUUGUAUGAACUUUGUAUAGUGAGUUUUAAUAUUGUAUGGCAGUACCAACAUGUAUUGAUCUUUAUCAGAAGCCUUAGAGUUGUCGACCCAAAGUGCUCCCUUAGAAACCCCCACACCUACCUGACUUUAACUAAAGCAUUAAUAUCUCUAUUUUGUUGCAUUUUUAUUUGUACCCUUUUGAAUAAAAUAGAUUUGUACUGUA